UUCUCUUCAUAUAUACCUCCCAAUUCCGUAAAAUUCAAUCACAGCUCCGUCAACGCAAACCCUUCAAAAAACCCCUUUCUCAACUCUCUCCGUUAAUUUCAACAUUUUCCGGUCACAUUUCCGUCACAAAUACAACUCGUUACAAUGUCGAUUAAGACUGUGAAAGUGAGCAAUCUGUCGCUAGGGGCUUCGGAGCGAGAUGUAAGGGAGUUCUUUUCGUUUUCUGGAGAUAUUGUUUAUGUUGAGACUCAAAGCCAUAAUGAGCGGUCUCAAAUCGCGUUUGUCACCUUCACGGAUAGUCAAGGAGCUGAGACCGCUGUUCUUCUUUCGGGCGCAACGAUCGUUGAUACAACUGUCACCGUAACCCUAGACCCAGAAUACCAGCUUCCACCCGCAGCUACAGCCGCUUCUCCCCCGAUCGGAUGCAAUGCUCCUGCUGGAAACGACUCUGCCCUACGUAAAGCAGAGGAUGUUGUGACGAGCAUGUUUGCAAAAGGUUUCGUGUUGGGUAAAGACGCGAUCGGCAAAGCAAAAACCUUCGACGAAAAGCACCGUUUGACUUCCACAGCAUCUGCUAAAGUUGCGUCAAUCGACAAGAAAAUUGGAUUCACCGAAAAAGUCAACGUGGGUACGUCAAUCGUGAGUGACAAAGUCAAAGAAGUUGACCAGAAACUUCAGGUUUCCGAGAAAGCCAAAUCCGCUCUAACCGCUGCUGAGAAUACCGUAACAAGUGCGGGAUCUGCUAUCAUGAAAAACCGCUAUGUAUUCACUAGUGCUUCGUGGGUAACCGGAGCUUUUAACAAAGUAGCUAAAGCAGCUAGUGAAGUUGGUCAACAAACUAAAGAGAAAGUAGAAAAAGCUGAAGACGAAAAACGAAGGAAAAUGGUCGAUGAUUAUGCUGAAGUUCACUUAAGCGAGUCUCCAACCGCUCCUGAUGAGCAACAUCAUCCUUCGAAGCCCGCACCAGUGACAGGUUUGGUUCUGUAGCACGAAAUUCUGCUUCGGUUUACACAUUUUUAUUUGGGAAAUUGGAUUCGGUACACCCGUCAUCAAGUGGUGGUUAUAGAACUUUAUAUUUGUUAGAUUGUUGCAAGACAAACUUCAUCUUUGUGUUUACAUUGUCAUGAAUUUGAACUAUGUGAAACUAUUUGUUCCAUAUAUUUACUGGUUUAUUUAUUGGUGUUCA